AUGGUCAAGCGACAGCUUCGUGACGCCGACGCCGCUUCUGCCGGCCGCAAGCGCCAGAGAAUAGUUGUCGAAACACCGACCCAUGAGGACGUCAACAAUGCGAGACAGCUGAGGCAGCUGCUUGCCUUUGACCAGGACGUCAAGCGCGCGAGGCAUGGCAUUCAAUCCUUCAAAGUCUUCCUCGACAGCUUCAGCGCCACCCCUAGCGAGAACCAUGACCGCUUCGCCAUCCUGUCCGAAUACCUCGAGUCGACGAAGCCGCGAAUCUUCACCGAAGCGACCGUCUACCAGACCGACCUCAUGGAGAUGUGGGGCUACGCUUCGGGCAUUCACAACGAGAGCAUCACGGCGGCCGUCCCUGCCGUGCUGGCGCUGCUGCUGCAGGUCAUCUCGAGCUCCCUCGAGCUCCUCCCCCACGCGACCGGCAUCGGCCAGACCCUGCUCCAGGACCGCCAUCUCAAGCUCAUCUCGCGCAACCUCUCGGCGUCGAAGAGCAGCGGCUACAUCAUCUCGCCCACGAUGCGCCUGCUACGCGAGGUGGCGUCCAUCGACGGCGGUGCGCUCGCCAAGAAGGUGUUCCGCGCCCGCGACCACACGUUUGCCUCGUUUGCGCGGAACCUCGAGGUCCGGAACUCGCUCGAGGCCGGGCCCGAGGACCCCGCCAAGCCUUCGGUCCGCACAAACGCCAUCAAGCUGUUCUUGACGAGCUUGAAGUUCCUGCCGUCGGACUCCAAGAAGGAACUGCUCCUGCAGAAGGAGGUCAUGUCCCACCUGACCUUCCUGCUCAAGGACGAUCCGGCCUACCUCCUCGUCGAGAUGCUCGAGGCUCUGAGGAGACACGUCCUCGCCGACGACAAGGUGCCGCGCGAGGCCAAGUUCAAGGCCUUCAACACCAAGACGCUCGAUCGCCUGGCGGGCCUCUACUACUACAAGCACGACGACGAGGUCGAGGGCCGCCUGACGGUCAAGGACGCCGUGCACCGCUUCCUGACCUACGUCUGCACGACCCCCGGCGCCGGUAUCCUGUAUACGGGCACGGGUAUGUACCCCAAGGACCUGGACGACGAGGCCACACAGGACGUCAAGGACACGGACGACUUUGCCUUUGAGCGCGCCGCCUGGGUGGACAGGUACACGGAGGAGGUGCCCGUGGCCAACUUUGUGCUCGACGAGUUCAUACAGAAGAUGCGCCCCUGGUCGAGCCUGCGACACAGCGAGCUGCUCGUGUCCGUGUUCGAGGCGGCGCCCGAGCUCGUCGCCAGCUACUUCCUCGCCAACAAGUCCUUCUCCUUUGAACCCAAGCUCUCCAUGACCUGGAUCGGCUACGCGGCCUUUCUCUUCAACACGGUGCAGCUUCCGAUCCCCAGGUACUUUGGCAACCGAUCUGGCUAUCGCCGCGUCCCCCCGCCGACCAUGGUGCUGCUCGACAACAUUAUGCCGUUGCCGCUGAAACAGAAGGACCUCAUCAGGAGCCUCUCGCACGACGCACAUCUCAUUUCCUUCUUUGCCGUACGCAUCCUGGUCCUCGCGUUACAGAAACUGGACCGGGCGCUGCACAUGCACAGGGAAGCAGCGGGCACGAACAAGACGAUAUGGGACUCGGCGGCGCGCAAGCUCGUGGACGAGUUUUGCCAGAGGAUACCGGACAUGAAGGAGGUCACAAAAUGCUACAAGACCAUUCCCGAGGCGAACGUCCUGCAGAGGGAGGCGACGAGCCGCCUGCUGCUGCUGUACUACGAGGUUAUUCCCCAAAUGGCGCUCAUGGCCAACUUUGACGUCUCGCCCUUCCUCUUGAACGCCCUCCGCCGACUGGACGAGCAGAAAGAGAACGAGCAAGAAAAGGCGCUCGGUCUCAUGGAGCUCGAGAACCUGCUCGCCAUUGCCGGCUACUCCCCCGGCAUGAGGUGGUUCGCCAAAUCCGAGGCCCUCGCCGCCUCGCCCUUCGUUGCUCUCCUCCGUGUCUACGUCACGUCCAGCCAGGGCCAUGCGCUGACCAAGCUGAAGGAGGUGCUCCAGUUCGUCGCGACGCAGAACAGCUUGUCCAGGCGCCGACUGGGUUGGGCCUCCUGUUCCGCACGCCGCAAGAGCUGCGCAAGAAGGACCUCAAGCCGUUUUGGGUCUUUCUCGACAACUGCGCCAACAGAAUGGGGCCCCAUCAGCUUGCUUCUGGUGACCAUGGCGGAGCAAAUACCCUUUGCCGUCAAGGAGGCUAGUGCUGAUGUUGUUGAGCUCUUUGCCAAGGUGUUAUCAUCACUUCUCGGUUAUGCCAAGGCGGCGAACGAGGACCCCGCCAUCAUCGACCUGCUGGCGCAACGAUUCAACAAGGCUUUCGCCGGUACAACGUCACAGGUCAAGGCUAAGUUCAAGGGCGCCCUGCUCGAGGGCGAUCUGGCGACAGCGAACGGCCACAGCGGGACGGCCGUCUCCAGGCCCACGCCCACGACGACAGGCCAGACCGCCGUCAAGGAGCUUGACGACGCGGCCCUCGAAGCAGCUCUCCACGUCAGCUUUGAGCCCGAAGAAGACAACUCGGCCCUCCUCAAGUGGGCGUCGAAGACGGUCGACGACCUCAUCGACGGUGACUACAUACCCGCCCUCAUCCGCCUCCUCUGGUCGCCGCACACGAGCAUCCGGCAAGAAGCGCUCACCAACAUUCUCAAGCUCGCGGCCAAGCUCAAAGAGUCGUCGUACGAAGAAAAGGACCAGCUCUGGCUCCUUCUCUCGGAGCUCGCCGAGUCUUCGCGGCCCCUCGUCGGCGCCGGCCCCGUCGCGUCCCCGCUCGUGGCGUUCGCGCUGCACAGCCUAGACAUCUUGAAGAACCCGCUGCACUGCCUCUACGCCAAGGUCAACACGUACCUGACGCGCGCGCCCCUCUGGGCGCCGGACAAGGUGCCGCUCGCGCACGACAUUCUGCACGGCGCGCCGUCCGAGGACGACAGGUACUACGCCGAGCUGACGUGGCUGCUGCAGUACCUCCUCGACGGCCUCCGCGCGCCCGGCGACGUCGCCGUGCUGCACCACCGCAAGUGGUUCGAGAAGAUCCUCGCGCUGGCGGCGAACCCGUACCUGCGGACGAACCUGACGACGCGCGUGCUGCGCAUCGUGUACCGCGCCACGUGCGUCGACGGCGGCAGCACGACGCUCGCGACGCGGUUCGGCGUCGUCAGCUGGUUGGCGGCGCAGGAGGCGGGCGCGGGCGGCGACGAGGCGGCGCUGUGCAGGGCGCUGCGGAGGCGGGUCUGGGAGACGUGUGAUCAGGCGCGUGUCGGGGCGUGGAGUCGGGGCGGGAUCGCGGAGGAGCAGCAGGUUGGAUGA